AUGCUACCCAUAUAAAAGCUUUCCCAACUCCUUUUCCUCUUCCCUUUCCCUCUUCUAUCUUUUGCCGAUUAUUUUGUGCCAUUUUUCUGCUCCUGGAAAACUUCGUCGAGUUCAAGAAGAACACAAGGCAAUGACCUCCGAUCCAUGAAUCAUGUGGAAUAUCGUGGAAGCACCUGUUCUUUAGAUUGAUUGAUCUGGGGUCUGUCUUGAAGACCUUCUUAUACGGUUUUCUAUUCUUUUAGGGAGAAUCGUGAUCUGUUGUUGUGAUUUCUGUAGAUUUCCUUGGUUUUCCUGCUUAGAUCCGUUGAUAAGUGGUGUUGCCAUUGCUAAAGUUGGGAUUUUGUUGAGUUUGUUUAGGUUUUGUAUAAUGUCGACGAAUUCGGUGGCAAGCAUCCGAUCUAUGGUGGUUCUCUUUAGGAGAUUUGGUGCUGUUAGGGGAUUUUAUUUACAUUUUUUUGCUGAUUUUGAUUAAGUUUGACAUUGUAGAGGGAUUUUAAUUGCUUCACAAUUGCUUGCUUCCAUUCCUUCGCAGUUGACAUUUGGAGCUAGAACCUCUUCUUGGAAAAGGAAAGUUCAAUUUUUAGAGGGCUGUUAUUUGAAAAGGAGCAACUUUUUCUGAGACAGUUGCAUUAAUGGCUCGGAAGGGAUCAGGUUACCCGGCACCGAAUCCUCACCCCCAUUGAUGAUGUUGGACGGAAUGCACGGAAGCAAGGCUAAUGGAUCUUCAACCGGUGGUGGCAACGAAGAUCCUGAGUCCUCGGAGAGCGUGAAGGAUGCGAGAGUCAGGAAACCCCCUCGACACCUCUCGGUCAUUCGGCAUUCCGUGAGCACUGCACGGCUGGGUUUGGAUUUGGGGACUCUUGCUUUGAUUUCUCCACAGGAAAGGCAGACUGGAUUCUUGCCUGUGUUCCGGUCGGGAAGCUGUUCAGAGAUCGGGCCCAAGUCACACAUGGAGGAUGAGCACAUCUGCAUAGAUAAUCUUGUCGAACAUCUUAGAGCUUCCCCCAGUUUCCCAUCUCCUGGUGCUUUUUAUGGAGUUUUUGAUGGACAUGGUGGUGUGGAUGCAGCAUAUUUUGUUCGAAAUAAUAUCCUUAAGUACAUAAUUGAGGACGGCCAUUUCCCGUCUAGUGUGGAGAAGGCCAUAAAGAGUGCAUUUAUUAAAGCUGAUUAUGCGCUUGCUGAUUCCCAUUCACUUGAUCGCACUUCUGGAACUACAGCACUUACUGCCCUUAUUUUGGGAAGGUCGUUGCUCAUUGCUAAUGCAGGUGAUUGCCGAGCUGUAUUAGGGAAGCGUGGCAGAGCAAUCGAACUUUCCAGAGACCAUAAACCUAACUGCAAUGCUGAACGGCUUAGAAUUGAGAAGCUAGGUGGCAGUGUUUACGACGGAUAUCUUAAUGGUCAGCUAUCUGUAGCAAGGGCUCUCGGUGACUGGCACAUGAAGGGCUCCAAAGGUUCUGCGUGCCCCCUUAGCGCUGAACCAGAGUUACAGGAAGCAAUCCUAACAGAAGAGGAUGAGUUUUUAGUAAUAGGCUGUGAUGGCCUUUGGGAUGUCAUGAGCAGUCAAUGUGCAGUGACGAUAACUAGGAAGGAGCUGAUGCUUCACAAUGAUCCUGAGAAAUGCUCGAGAGAGCUUGUGCGAGAAGCGCUGAAGCGGAACACUUGUGACAAUCUAACUGUCGUGGUCAUCUGCUUUACUCCAGAUCCGCCACCGCCCAUUGAGAUCCCGAGGACUCGAGUUCGAAGGAGCAUAUCCUUAGAAGGUCUACAUGUCCUAAAGGGUGCUCUGGACGGCAACAUUUGAUGCUAAACUUUUAGUUCCCCAUUCUUCCAUUCUGUAGCCUGUAAAGAAUGGAGGCUCUCGACAUAUUUGGCCUCCAUUUCCAAAUAAAUCAUGUCGGCUGGUGUAUUUUCAAUGAGGCUGUAGGUAAAUUUUGUAGAUUUGAAAUUUAAGUUUCUAUGAAUAACAUUUGAUGAGUCUGUAACUUAAAUCAAUUUGCCUUUAUAAGUAUUAUUUCCUUUGAUUUUGCUGCCC